AUGGAGCAUUCUUCCUCGCCGCACCGAGAGCGGGUACAUUCUCGCCAAUUCCGUUGUGAUUACUGCACGAAGACAUACUCUAAAUUAGAACACCUGACGGUCUGUCUAGCUCCCCUGUCAAAUCAAACCUCUGGGACUAACAUCAGCCAGAGACAUCAAAGAUCACGGUUCGAUCAUGGUGGUGAUGGCUCAGUCGCCGACGCGGGCAGAACGGCGGUAAGUGAGAUCUGUGGCUUCAUCGACCAGCUCUCCCGCAGAUUAAAUCUAGAGCUCUCGGGUGAGAGCAUCACGUCUGCUUUUGUGGAUGCUUGUCUGCAUGAGUUCCUGCAACAAAUAUUGCCUCGCUUCCCUGUGAUUCACAGGCCAACCUUUUCUCCAAGGAAUUGCAUCCCGCCGCUUUUGUUAAAUAUCAUUGCGUUGGGCUCACUUUUUGUCUGCCUACCUCGAGCGCGAGAGAAGGGAGAGAUGCUCUGGCGACUCGCUCACACGGCUGUAGCAACUUCUUGGCAGACAUUAAUAGGUAGCCAAAGCGCUAAAGAUGGGUUCGACAGCGCACAAAUAGUGCUCACGGCUCUGCUGGGCCAAACAUAUGCCUACCUAUCCAGUGACAGCAGCAUCCGUACCACUGCGUUUGUGUUUCAUGGCUUAGGGUUUCUGUGGGCCCGAGUGCGUGGUAUGCACACGGUGGAUGACUGUAAAUGGGAAACUCUUGCGGCCGAUGCGUCCGACGCAGAGAAGCAGAGUCUUUGGGAUACUUGGGCUGCUAAAGAGGUCCAACGACGGGCUGUGUUAGGACACUAUAUCUUGGAUGGACUACUCUCGCAGGCAUCUGGAUCACCAACCAGUGCUCGGCAUAUGACUAACAGGCUCACUUUUGCAGCCUCCGAUGCAGCAUUUGCGGCUACUAAUGUUGGAGACUGGAUCCGCGCGAUGCAAGAAACAAACAGGACCGACUGCUCUUUCUCCGAGUCCUUCCACCGUAUAUGUUCCUCCCAAUAUUGUCUUACUCCGCUUCAGCUUUCUCCUUUCUCUGUGAUGGUGAUCUUGGAAGGCUUGCAAUCCUUGAUUGCAGAGCUCUCUGAAGUGGAUCAGGCAGGUGUAGGGAUUGUCUCUCGGCAAGAAGUCGUCCGAGGUCUCAUGAACCUGUACCAAGCCAACAUUACAACUAUUCCGACCACUACAGAAACCCAUGUUCAGCUGUUAAUUCAAUGGCACGCUGUCUGUAUUGAGGCUUCUGUCUCCUCGGCAGGAUUGUAUUAUGCACUGUGCAAACAUUUCGACUUACCACAACAGAUCGCCGGCAUGCGUGCCGAGGCGGCUGGUAGUCAGAUUGAUAUCGAAGCAUGGUGCGCGAGUUCUAGCGCCUUUCGGUCACUGCUACAUGCGGACGGUAUCAAUAAGUUGCUCAAGGAUGUGACCAUCAGCAACAUCUGCAUGAUUCAUUUUCCGUCUGCGAUAUUUUCAUCGGCGGUAGUUUAUGCCACGUUGUGUAUAUUUCGUCAAGAUGUGAUCCGAUUCCCGAAAUCUUGGGUUUGGCACGAUAUUUGGAAACCAGUCCUCGACGGAACAGCCCCACAGGAAAAACACCUGCCGGCUGAUGGAGGUUACUUGGGACAGGGAUUUGCAAAUGGCGAUAACGUGUCUUCCCUAGAAAACGUCCUGCAGCCGAUCGAACUUCUGCAUGAGAUUAACUUUCUGCAACUCACUCUGAAAAUGAUUGGGUCGCGCUGGGGGGUCGCGGAGCAGAUGGCAAGCGCCGUGAGCCGGUUUGCGGCAUUGGCUCAAGAACGAUACGAUCUAGGAGUGUAUCCAAACUUUGUCCACCUGUAA